AUGGAGGACCGGUCGGUGAUAAACGAACCACGGCCCCCUACAAGCGCGCGAAACGGCCGCGCGGACGCGACGGACGCGACGGACGCUGAAACAGGCGAGAGCGGUGCGAGUGAGGCCCGCGUAUGCUACGCGCGGAGGAGCGAUGGCGAUGGCAGACUGGCGGUGCGCGCCGCUCGAAUGAGGCGACGUGACGUCACCGGGCGUCUACCAUUA